CCGACUCCGUGAACGGAGCCCAGGCGGCCAAAGCUUUGAAGCUUGCGAAGAAGCAGGCACUUCGUGAUAUCGGCAAGGCCAAGACGAAGCGGGACAAGAAGAACAAGCAGUCCAAGGAGGACGCCGAGCUGGAGACCCCCGCCAGCAAGCUCCGCCGCACUACUUCCCCGGACAGUGCACAGCGCAAGAGUGUGGCGGUGUGCAUGGACGUGAAGAAGAAGGCAGUCGCUCAGGGCAAGACGGUGGCAGCCUACCUCAACGAUCAGCCCCGCAAGUCGUUGAAGCAGCAGCUGGAGGCCGAAGCCGAGGAGGACUGGUUUUUUGAAUCCACCACAAUGGAUUCCGAUGCGGACUCCUCUUGCUCCGAUGAAGCAAGCUCCUCCGAGCCUGGCGGUGACAGCGAGGACAGCUCCCAAGCAGACAGCUCCGAGGGUCCCGAGGCCAGCGAGGCCGCAGGGUCCGGGGAUGAGAACAGCGUCGACUCCGAGGAGCCGGUCUCUGAGUCUGAGGAGCAAGAGCAGGAGCCGGAGAAGCCCAGCCGCAAGCCGGCUUUGAAGCCGAGCUCGGUGAAGAAGGAUAAGAAGGAUGAGUCUGAGGCGGAGACCAUGAAAAGCGCGGCCAAGCCUACGCCGACCAAGCCCGAGGUUGCCAAGGCUUCGAAGAAGGAGAAAAAGGAGAAGAAGGCGGCAAAGGAAAAGGAGGAGAAGAACAAGGAGCCCGCAGAGCCCGCAGAGCCCGCAGAGCCCGACAAGCCAAAGCCGAAGGCAGCCCUGAAGCCCCAGGCGGUUAGUGGGUUGGAAAGCAAUCUGGAAAGGGCCGACUCCGAAACCAAGAAGCUCUAUGAGAAUGCCAACA